AGUGCCCUUGGUUCGCGUCACUUCCGGUGGUGCAGCAGCCAUUUUGUCAGUCGCCUGCGGAUCCCGCGCGCUGCAGAAGUGCAGUUCCCCCGGUUACCAACUCCUCCGUUCGCCCCUCCGUGUGGCCGGCGCCGUCGAAGAGCGCUCGCCACCGCCGGUGCCGCUCCUCCCCUCCAGUGUCAGCGCUGCCGCUGCAGCCGCCUCGGUCCCGGGCGCUGUCUUCCGUGUCCCGCGCUGCCACUGACAGGCGCCCGCGGGGAGCCGCCCGGCAGCGAUGUCCAGCGAGGAGAGCUACCGGGCCAUCCUGCGCUACCUGACGAACGAGCGCGAGCCGUACGCGCCGGGCACCGAGGGCAAUGUCAAGCGUAAAAUCCGCAAGGCGGCCGCCUGCUACGUGGUGCGCGGCGGGACCCUGUACUACCAGCGGCGGCAGCGCCACCGCAAGACCUUCGCGGAGCUCGAGGUGGUGCUGCAGCCCGAGCGGCGCCGGGGGCUCAUCGAGGCGGCGCACCUGGGCCCCGGCGGGACCCACCACACCCGGCAUCAGACCUGGCACGACCUGUCCAAGACCUACUGGUGGCGAGGCAUAUUGAAGCAAGUAAAAGAUUACAUUAAACAGUGUAGCAAGUGCCAGGAGAAACUGGAUCGCUCCCGUCCAAUAUCAGAUACUUCAGAAAUGUUGGAAGAAUUGGGACUGGACCUUGAAUCUGGAGAAGAAAGUAAUGAAUCGGAGGAUGACCUAAGCAACUUUACUUCACCUCCAAGUUCAGCCUCCAGAUCUACAAAAAAGAAGCCAGUAUCCAAACAUGAACUUGUAUUUGUUGAUACCAAAGGAGUUGUGAAAAGAUCUUCUCCAAAACAUUGUCAGGCUGUCUUAAAACAGCUGAAUGAACAGAGACUCUCCAACCAGUUCUGUGAUGUUACUUUGUUAAUUGAAGGAGAAGAAUACAAAGCCCAUAAAUCUGUUUUGUCAGCUAAUAGUGAAUAUUUUCGAGAUCUAUUUAUUGAGAAAGGAGCUGUUUCCAGUCAUGAGGCAGUGGUGGAUCUUUCUGGUUUUUGUAAGGCAAGUUUCCUUCCUUUGCUGGAGUUUGCCUAUACUUCUGUGCUAAGUUUUGACUUCUGUAGCAUGGCCGAUGUAGCUAUCUUGGCUCGCCAUCUUUUCAUGUCAGAAGUUUUAGAAAUCUGUGAAAGUGUACACAAACUAAUGGAAGAGAAACAGCUAACAGUAUAUAAGAAGGGUGAAGUACAGACAGUUGCAUCUACCCAAGACUUGCCAGAACAGAAUGAGGGUCCAGCGCCUUCUGUGACUAGUGCUGAGGGAACCACGGCAACUUUAUCUACAGAACUUGGGGGUUGUGAAAUUGUAUUACUGGUAAAUGGAGAAUUGCCUGAGGCUGAGCAAAAUGGAGAACUAGUACAACAGCCUGAGCCCCAGGUUUCUUCAGAGGCUGAAGCUGCUCUGUCAUCUGUAGGCUGUAUAACUGAGUCCCCUCCUGUAAUAGAAUCCAUUGAUGUGGUAACAAAAAGUAACCAGGAACAACUGGAAACCUCAUAUAGUAGAGAAGAUGGCACGAUCACUAAUAUUAAUCCUGAGCUUUCAAAAGAGAAUGUCAUCAAAAGCUCUCUAGAAGAUGGAGAAAUGGGAGUUGAUGCACCAGCUGAAGAUAUUACAGAGCACAUGCAGGAUACUGAGCAACAGCCUUCGAAAGAUGAGGACAGUCUGGUACCAACAGUGAAAACAGAGCCGGGCCCUGAGGAUGAUACUUAUAAGAGCAGGCUUCGGCAGCGUUCUGUUAAUGAAGGGGGAUAUAUCAGACUACACAAAGGAAUGGAGAAAAAAUUACAGAAGCGGAAAGCCAUUCCCAAGUCAGCAGUUCAACAGGUGGCUCAGAAAUUAGUUCAAAGAGGGAAAAAAAUGAAACAGCCCAAAAGAGAUGCUAAAGAGAAUUCUGAAGAAUUGUCCCAUAAAUGCGGAGAAUGUGGAAUGGUUUUUCAGAGACGGUAUGCCCUUAUAACACACACACUGAAACAUGAAAGAACGAGAGAUUACAAAUGUCCGUUGUGUAAAAAGCAGUUUCAAUACAGUGCCUCCUUGCGAGCUCACCUCAUUCGACAUACCAAAAAAGAUGCAUCAACUUCAUCCUCUUCUAAUUCCACAUCUAAUGAAGCAUCAGGAACAUCAUCUGAGAAGGGCAGAACAAAACGAGAAUUUAUAUGUUCCAUCUGUGGAAGAACGUUACCUAAAUUAUAUUCUCUUCGCAUACAUAUGUUAAAGCACACGGGUGUGAAGCCACAUGCAUGCCAGGUCUGUGGAAAGACAUUCAUCUACAAACAUGGUCUAAAAUUACACCAGAGUCUUCAUCAGUCUCAAAAGCAGUUUCAGUGUGAACUCUGUGAUAAAUCAUUUGUUACCAAAAGGAGUCUUCAAGAACAUAUGAGUAUUCACACAGGUGAGUCAAAGUACCUUUGCUCAGUUUGCGGAAAGUCUUUUCACAGGGGCUCUGGACUGAGCAAGCACCUGAAAAAACAUCAACCAAAGCCUGAGGUUCGAGGUUAUCACUGUACUCAAUGUGAAAAAAGUUUCUUUGAAGCUAGAGAUCUUCGCCAGCACAUGAAUAAACAUCUUGGUGUAAAGCCGUUCCAAUGUCAGUUUUGUGAUAAAUGCUAUAGCUGGAAGAAAGAUUGGUAUUCCCAUGUGAAAUCUCAUUCUGUCACUGAACCUUACAGGUGUAAUAUAUGUGGCAAAGAAUUUUAUGAAAAAGCGUUGUUCAGAAGACAUGUGAAAAAAGCUACCCAUGGAAAAAAGGGAAGAGCAAAGCAAAACCUGGAACGGAUAUGUGAACAAUGUGGAAGAAAAUUCACACAGUUGAGAGAGUAUAGGAGACACAUGAACAACCAUGGAGGAGUUAAGCCAUUUGAAUGCUUAACGUGUGGAGUAGCUUGGGCAGAUGCCCGAUCUCUAAAACGCCACGUCAGGACACACACCGGUGAACGGCCCUACGUUUGUCCAGUAUGUAGCGAGGCCUACAUAGAUGCUCGAACACUCCGUAAACAUAUGACGAAGUUCCACAGAGAUUAUGUGCCUUGCAAAAUUAUGCUGCAAAAAGAUACUCUUCAGUUUCACGACCAAGGAACUCAAGUGGAACAUGCUGUCAGUAUCUUAACGGCAGACAUGCAGGAACAAGAACACAGUGGUCCUCAAGAAAUUGAGACUGUCGUAGUGACUGGAGAAACUAUGGAAGCUCUUGAAGCUGUUGCAGCUACUGAAGAGUGUCCGUUAGUGUCUACACUUUCUGACCAAAGUAUUAUGCAAGUGGUGAAUUACGUGUUGGCACAACAGCAAGGACAGAAGCUCUCUGAAGUUGCAGAGGCUAUUCAAACUGUUGAAGUAGAGGUGGCACAUAUUUCAGAAGCGGAAUGAAAAUAGUAAUGGAGGGGAAAAUGACAUCUGAUAUGUACUGAAAUCACAAUACUUGUUUACAAUACUGUGUGACUAUCUGCUUCGGUGUGUAUGGCAAGGCUCUGGGCUAUUUGGUGAUGUUGAAGUAUUUCCAGCUUGGCUCAUGGCUGCUGUAGAAAAGUUUAUUUGUGUAAAAAAAAUUGAAACAAAUCUAUAUGAUGGCAGUAGAUUAUCAUGGUAUACUUUUUAAUGAAUUAAUGUUUAUAAAGGACUGUAUUAAAAACUAGUUUCAUUUACAUUUUCACAUAUAUUUUGAGUUUAAAAGUAAUCCACUCUUUUAUUCUCAAAAUAUACAGGUUCUGUGACUUUCCCUGUUUAUGGACUACAAAGAAAAUUCUAAUAUAAAGCAUUUUAGUAGGAUGCAUAGGGAUAUUACAUUUUUUUAAAUGCUUCAAGUCUGUGAUUCUUGAUUGUUGAAUUCCUUAAUUCCAUAAAGUCAAGAAUUUUUCUAUUUUAAAGCACUUAAUGCGUUACAUAUUGUGAUCAAGUUUGCACAGUGUACUUACCCAUAUGGGGAACCCUUAAAUAAAUAAUUUUAAAAUGCUGUUAGUGCAUGAAAUGCCUACAAAAGCCUUAUUAUACUAUCUCUUCAAGGCAAGUAAAUUGACCAUGAGCAAAGAAUGUUGUAAUUAAACAUUGUUGAUGGGAAAUUUCUCCUUGAUAAUGUAGGACAAUAAAUGAAAGGGAAAAAAAGUUUAUUCUAAAGAAUGAGUAAGUUAAAACUAGGUUUGGUAUGUUUGCAGCUUUUGUAUCAUGUCUGCUUGAUUUUGUUGAAAAACUGCAAUUUAGAAAUAGAAAUAGCAAUAUAGACAUCUACAGUGGUCCUGUAGAUACUAUGUAAUUGUCAAAUAAUUUCAGAAUUAAAAAAUCUUCAAUACAGCCCUCAUUAUAAAUACUAAAAUAAAUUGAUUAUGGUCCACCAAAUUGUUGAAACUCUACAUUAUUUGCAUUUAAUUUUUAAAUGCCCACCUCUUUAAGUUAUGCAAUUUUCUGGUUUUUAGAAUAACUUUUGGGGGGCUGCUACAUUUCUCUCCUCUGGGAAACUACCACUCAAGCUAUAAUUGUUAAAAUUAGGCUUUCAAGUAUUAGAAGCUAUUAUAAUGUGUAAAAUUGAGAUAUUAGCAAUUCACAUGUAAAUCAUUCCUAAAGCACAAGAAAAGAAUGUGCCUUGAUGUAUAUAUAUUAAGAUAAUUCUUCCAAUUUAGUUUAAAAAUGGCUUAAAAGAGAAAGAAUAAAUCUGACACCUUGCAUGCACUAUACCUGCAUAUGUAAUUUUGAAUUUGCAAAUUUCCUAUUGUUUCAGUAACUCUGACUGAUUUUCUGUUUCAAGCGUGUUGACAGUCUAACUUUAUAAUCGGCUGCUUGUUUAUAGAGAAAAUACUUUAACCUGAUUAAAAAUGAAAUUGUGUCUUUUAUGUUCCAUUCUCUCCAUUGUUAGAUUUAGUUGUUUAAGACCAUAAAUGUAUGUCAUAAAUAUGUAAAUAAAACAUGUUGAAUCUUGUUUAAAUGCCA